UUUUGGUCCAUCGCGUCCACUCGGUGGCAGCGGCCUGUCGAUUGUCAGAAGAAGCCGGGGGCUGGAUUUGAAAUGUCGCAGGGACAUGCUGAAGCUUGAUGAUGAAAGGGGGAAGAGGAGGAGAGAGGUGGAGUGAACCCUUUAUGGCCUGGGACAGGUUUUAAUUAGACCCAAUUGCAAAAUCAGCUACGUCUAUGGUCAGGAGGUGAUGGCAGUGCUGACUGAGCUUCAUCACUACUAUUACCCAUUCCUACAGAUGGAUCCCCACCACUUGCACAUCUGAGCCUGUCCACAGCACUGCCUCUUCCCCCACCCCCUUCUCCUUCUGCCUCCCCUUGCUCAUAUCCUACCUUUUCCUCCACCCUCCUCAUCCAGCUACCACUUUGCUCUCCCUUCCCAUUUCUCCUCCUAUCCCUCCAACCAAUUUCCCCACCUCGAAUUUCUCUGUAUUUCCGCAAUUAUUUUAUUAUGGCGUGCUUUGGGCGCUCUCUGGACUCCCCGUGCACACUAGCCUUGCUGGUGGGCUUCCAGUUUGCCUUUGUCCUCUAUUUCUCCCUCGGGGGUUUCAAAGGCCUGGUGUCUGUCCUGGUGCACACCACAGAGCCGGAGUUUGAUUACUCUCGACCUCAUGACGUCUACACCAACCUCAGUCAUCUGGGAGUACCGCCUCCCCCGCCUCGCAACUCUGGCACUGGAUCCCCUGCCACAGGACCACCACUGAGAGACUGCCAGAUCCCCUCUCCACUGCUGGUCGGACCUGUGUCUGUCCAUCUGUCCUCUCCUCUGUCUCUGGAGGACAUCAGACAGAGGAAUCCAUUGGUGAUGCCAGGCGGACGCUAUCGGCCUCCAGACUGUGAACCCCGCCACCACACAGCGAUAGUGGUACCAUACCGGAACCGGCAGACCCACCUCCGUGCCCUGCUCUACCACCUCCACCCCUUCCUGCAGAGACAGCAGAUCCACUACAGCAUCUAUAUAGUGCAGCAGUGGGGGAAUGGUACUUUUAACCGAGCCAAGCUGCUUAACGUUGGGGUGCGGGAGGCCCUCAGAGAUGAAGACUGGAGCUGCAUCUUCCUGCAUGAUGUUGACUUGCUGCCUGAGAACGACCACAACACCUACACCUGCCACAAGCAGUUCCCCACACACCUGUCUGUGGCCAUGGACAAGUUCAGAUACAGGCUGCCGUACCCGCAGUAUUUUGGUGGGGUGUCUGCAGUAACCCCAGAUCAGUACAUGAAGAUGAAUGGCUUUCCCAACCAGUACUGGGGCUGGGGUGGAGAGGAUGAUGACAUUGCUGCCAGAGUUCGUCUAUCUGGCAUGAAGAUUGUGCGCCCUCCAGUGGCCAUUGGUCAUUACAAGAUGAUCAAGCAUAAAGGAGACAGAGGCAAUGAGCAAAACCCACGCAGCUACGUCUAUGGUCAGGAGGUGAUGGCAGUGCUGACUGAGCUUCAUCACUACUAUUACCCAUUCCUACAGAUGGAUCCCCACCACUUGCACAUCUGA